GCGGCGGGCGGGAGUCAGCCAGCCUGGGGCGUGGGCUGACGCGACACUAGACCUCUGCGAUCCUAGAGCCCCCCCCCAACCCCACGAUUCCAUCCCCCACGCUGUCGACUGUUCCCGGCCCUCUCAGUUCCGCGCUGCCCCUUAAAAGCUGGGGCCCGGCAAGGAACGACAGGCGUUGCAGCCAAUGGCGUCCCGCACGCCCUCCUCCACGUCCGCGGACCUGCAGGGAGACAGCUCCUUACAGGUGGAGAUCUCUGAUGCCGUCAGCGAGCGGGACAAGGUGAAAUUCACUGUUCAAACCAAGAGCUGCGUCCCUCACUUCUCCCGGCCCGAGUUCUCAGUCGUGCGACAUCACGAGGAGUUCAUCUGGCUACACAAUGCCUACGUGGAAAACGCCGAGUACGCCGGUCUCAUUCUCUGUCCCUCCUUGGAGCAGAUCCCCCCAGCCCCUCCAAGGCCAGACUUUGAGGCUUCAAGGGAAAAACUGCAGAAGUUGGGCGAGGGAGACAGCUCCAUCACGCGGGAAGAAUUUGCCAAAAUGAAGGAGGAGCUGGAAGCGGAGUAUCUGGCCAUCUUUAAGAAGACAGUUGCGAUGCAUGAAGUCUUUCUGCAGCGCCUGGCGGCCCACCCCACCCUGCGUCGAGACCACAACUUCUUUGUCUUUUUGGAAUACAGCCAGGAUCUGAGUGUCCGAGGAAAGAACAGGAAGGAGCUCCUUGGGGGGUUUCUGAGGAAUAUUGUGAAGUCUGCAGAUGAAGCCCUCAUCACUGGCAUGUCAGGGCUCAAGGAGGUGGAUGACUUCUUCGAGCAUGAGAGGACCUUCCUGCUGGAGUACCACACCCGCAUCCGGGACGCUUGCCUUCGGGCAGACCAAGUCAUGCACUCUCACAAGUGCGUGGCAGAUGAUUAUAUCCCUAUCUCAGCUGCACUGAGCAGUCUGGGAACACAGGAAGUCAACCAGCUAAAGACGAGCUUCCUCAAAUUGGCAGAGCUCUUCGAACGAUUAAGGAAACUGGAGGGCCGAGUGGCUUCUGACGAGGACCUGAAGCUGUCGGACAUGCUGAGGUACUACGUGCGCGACUCACAGGCAGCCAAGGGAUCCUGUGCUCCUGCCGGCCCCAGGACCUGCUGUACCGGCGGCUGCGGGCGCUGGCGGACUAUGAGAACGCCAAUAAGGCACUGGACAAGGCGCGCACCAGGAACCGGGAGGUGCGGAGCGCCGAGCGCCACCAGCAGCUGUGCUGCCAGCGCUUUGAACGCCUCUCCGACUCAGCCAAGCAGGAGCUCGUGGACUUCAGAUGCCGUCGCGUCUCCUCCUUCCGCAAGAACCUCACCGAGUUGGCGGAGCUGGAGCUCAAGCACGCUAAGGCCAGCACCCUCCUUCUCCGGAACACCCUUGUCAUCCUCAAAGGGGAACCUUAGAGCCACCAGAGUCCCCCCCCCCACCUCCCACUCCGACAAGAUGCCUCCUUCCCCACCCCAGGAGCCACUCACCAUGCCCCGUGACUUCUCGGGGCAAGGCCUACCCCUACCCCAAGGUGCCAGGCCCUGAAAGAUAGGGCAGCACGGGCACCACACUUGGCCACAGGUAAGCAGAGCCUUAACCUGGGGAAACCCAGGGGCCCUGACCCCCCUCCCCAGAGGCUAUGGGGCAGCCUCAACCCACCUCUGGCCCCAGAGUUCAUUUGUCUCCAGCUUGUUCACAAAUAAAAAGCCUGAUU